GUAAUGGAGGGGUCUGGUGAUGACUGGAGAGGUUCCUAUAAGGUGUCAGGACGUGGCGGUGUAUUUCUCCAUGGAGGAGUGGGAGUAUGUAGAAGGACACAAGGAUCAGUACAAGGAUCAGGUGAUGAUGGAGGAUCAGCAGCCCCUCACAUCAGCAGUCAGAUCCAGUAAGAGAACAGCACCAGAGAGGUGUCCCCGUCCUCUUCUUCCACAGGAUGAUCAGGGAGAAGAUCCGAACAAUAUAAAUGCUCCAGAGACAGAUAUAAGCGGUGCUGAGCAGUAUAUGGAGGACAUUCUUACAGGGAAAGAUCUGUUUUAUAUUAAUGCUACAGACAUAAAGGAAGAAGAAGAGACAGAUAUGAGCGGUGAUGGGCAGUAUAAGAAGAACAUUCCUACAGGGAAAGAUAUGAUCUAUAAUAAUACUACAGACAUAAAGGAAGAAGAAGAAGAGACAGAUGUGAGCGGUGAUGAGCAGUAUAAGGAGGACAUUCCUACAGGGAAAGAUCUGACCUGUAAUAAUACUACAGACAUAAAGGAAGAAGAGACAGAUGUGAGCAGUGAUGAGCAGUAUAAGAAGAACAUUCCUACAGAGAAAGAUCUGAUCUAUAAUAAUACUACAGACAUAAAAGAAGAAGAAGAGACAUAUGUGAGCGGUGAUAAGCAGUAUAAGGAGGACAUUCCUACAGGUAACCGCCCAGAUUCUUGUACCUGGAGAUCAGAGGAGAAUCUUAUAUCUUCAGAUUAUAAAGCAGAUGAUGAUAUCACACAAGAUACAUAUGAAGAACAUUCCAUUAUCCCAGAUACAACCUCAGCCCUUCACAGCCAAGAUCUGUCAUCUCAUCCUUAUAUACAGGUCUUGUCUUCUCAGUCAUCACAGGAUGUUCAGCAAAAUAAAGGUCAUAGAAGGGGUGUUGGGCAUCAACGAACUCACACAGGGGAGAAGCCAUUUUCAUGUUCAGAAUGUGGGAAAUGUUUUACUCAGCAAUCAAAUCUUGUUAAAAAUCAAAGAACUCACACAGGGGAGAAGCCAUUUUCAUGUUCAGAAUGUGGGAAAUGUUUUACUGUGAAAUGGGGUCUUGUUGAACAUGAACGAGCUCACACAGGGGAGAAACCAUAUUCAUGUUCAGAAUGUGGGAAAUGUUUUCCUUUUAAAUCAAUUCUUGUUGUACAUCAGAGAACUCACACAGGAGAGAAGACGCUUUCAUGUUCAGAAUGUGGGAAAUGUUUUGCUAAUAAAUCACAUCUUGUUGAACAUAAACGAACUCACACAGGGGAGAAACCAUUUUCAUGUUCAGAAUGUGGAAAAUGUUGUACUGUGAAAUGGGGUCUUGUUGAACAUAAACUAUAUCACACAGGGGAGAAACCAUAUUCAUGUUCAGAAUGUGGGAAAUGUUUUUCUCACAAAUCAAGUCUAGUGAAACAUCAAAGAGCUCACACAGGAGAGAAGCCAUUUUCAUGUGCAGAAUGUGGGAAAUGUUUUACUCAGCAAUCCGAUCUUGUUAAACAUAAACGAACUCACACAGGGGAGAAACCAUAUUCAUGUUCAGAAUGUGGGAAAUAUUUUUCUGACAAAACAAAUCUUGUUCAACAUCAAAGAACACACACAGGGGAGAAGCCAUUUUCAUGCUCAGAAUGUGGGAAAUGUUUUACUCAGCAAUCCGAUCUUGUUAAACAUAAACGAACUCACACAGGGGAGAAACCAUAUUCAUGUUCAGACUGUGGGAAAUAUUUUUCUGACAAAACAAAUCUUGUUCAACAUCAGAGAACACACACAGGGGAGAAGCCAUUUUCAUGCUCAGAAUGUGGGAAAUGUUUUACUCAGCAAUCCGAUCUUGCUAAACAUAAACGAACUCACACAGGGGAGAAGCCAUUUUCAUGUGCAGAAUGUGGGAAAUGUUUUACCCAGAAAUCAGUUCUUCUUCAGCAUCAAAGAACUCACACAGGGGAGAAGCCAUUUUCAUGCGCAGAAUGUGGGAGAUGUUUUACUCAGCAAUCAAGUCUUGUUAAACAUAAAAGAACUCACACAGGGGAGAAGCCAUUUUCAUGUGCAGAAUGUGGGAAAUGUUUUACUCAGCAAUCAAAUAUGGUUAAACAUCAAAGAACUCACACAGGAGAGAAGCCAUUUUCAUGUUCAGAAUGUGGGAAAUGUUUUGCUCGGAAAUCAACUCUUCUUCAGCAUCAAAGAACUCACACAGGGGAGAUGCCAAAACCAUAUUCAUGCUCAGAAUGUGGGAAAUGUUUUACUAAGAAAUCACAACUUGUUCAACAUGUAAGAGCUCACACAGGAAAGAAGCCGUUUUCAUGUUCAGAAUGUGGAAAAUGUUUUAAUCAGAAAUCAAGUAUUUUUAGACAUCAAAAAAGAACUCACACAGGGGAGAAGCCAUAUUCAUGCUCAGAAUGUGGGAAAUGUUUUACGGAGAAAUCAAAUCUUGUUCAACAUCAAAGAACUCACACAGGGGAGAAGCCAUUUUCAUGUUCAGAAUGUGGGAAAAGUUUUAAUCAGAAAUCAAGUCUUUUUAGACAUCAAAGAACUCACACUGGGGAGAAGCCAUUUUCAUGUGCAGAAUGUGGAAAAUGUUAUACUGCGAAAUCAAAGCUUGUUCAACAUCAAAGAACUCACACAGGAGAGAAACCAUUUUCAUGUUCAGAAUGUGGGAAAUGUUUUAACGGGAAAUCAAGUCUUUUUAGACAUCAAAGAACUCACACAGGGGAGAAGCCAUUUUUAUGUUCAGAAUGUGGAAAAUGUUUUAAUGUGAAAUCAAAUCUUGUUAAACAUAAAAGAACUCACUCAGGAGAAGCCAAUUCAGAGCAAUAAAUGAUGCAGAUAACAUCUAUAUAUUAUCCAUGUACAUAGGAUAUCUGACAUUUAUACAUAUAUCAUAUACUGCAUCUCCAAACUUGUU